AUGGCUGACUCAGUGGCGCUGGUGCAGCUAAAGGCCAACAGAAGUGCAGCCAAGCGCCAGUUCUCCCGCCAGGCCAACAAUGUGCUCAGAAUGUACAGCGUGCUCUCCGAAGAGGAGCUUAAGGACAGUUUCAAAACUAUGACAAUAGAAGCAAAUAAAGUUUUUGAAGCAAAUGACGACGUGGAGGAGCAGUAUACUACGGAAUCAAAGGAGGAGGGAGGAGCAAUCAGCGUGGAGCAGAGGGCAGACUUAGACAAGACAAAAACUGAGUGUGAAACCAAACUAGAUGAACUGAAAGAUAUUAUUCUGAAAACUCUCUGGUCUAAAUAUGGAGAGGAGGAGCUAAAAAUUGUUGUAGAAGCAGCAGAGUCUGAGGCAGAGUGUGUUGGUGCUAUUGAACUCAGUCAAGAUGAAGAAGGCUAUGAUUUCUUGGUGAAGCACCUGGGAACACUGGUUGGAAGAGUCAAAUCUCUUCACACAAUGUGGAAGUGCUGGGCCCCUGCCGAGGAGCAGGCGAGUCUCCAGUCUCGUGUGAGUGACCUGGAACGAGCGCUUCUGAAGUUAACUACUCGAAAAGCACAUUUCAUUCAAGCAAGAGUCAACCACGAUCCUGUGGAGGAUCCUCAGAGUUCUCCACCAUCCUCCAGCAAUAAUCCAGAAACCUCAAACGCGAAGCACGAAGAUGAGCAAAAUGGCGCCGCGGUUGUGUCGUCCAGUCUUCCCCCGGGAUGCGUCGUGUGCGGGGACAUGAAACACAGUCAAAGAUUGUACUUCUGUAAACAGUUCCAAGCACUAAAGUUAUCGGAGAAACGAGAGGCAGUGAGAAAACUGGGGGCUUGCGUUAAGUGCCUUCAGACGCACGGCGAACAAAACAAAUGCAAAGACGAGUACUUCUGCAAACGUGCCGAAUGCAGCGAGAGCAAAGACCACCACUUCCUCCUGUGUCCUAAACCACCCAAGGUUAAAGCCGCCGCGGUGGGAGGCGACCGCAGGAGUUACACCGACGCGCAGAAGGAGUUUGUGAAGAAGCUCCCACCAGGACUGGCGAAAGAAUGUCGCAACGUCUUCAACUCCUCUGGAAUCAAAACGUUCUAUGCAACAAACAACACGGCCGCCACCGGAGAGAGGUUCGCGGUGGUGGCCAGUCAAGAUGCGGCGCGCGGGAACAGCCAGCGAUGGGUCAAGGAUUGGUACGCCCAACGGCCCAGCAACAGAUACAAGCAGUACAGCCCGAGAAGUCAACCUCAGAAAUGA